UAGAUGAUAGAAGAUAUACUUCUGCAGUGCCAAAAUCCAGCGAGCAAGAUAUCUAUGAUGCAAGGAUUGCACCAAGAGCAAUUCCUGAAGUAUCUGUAAAAAGCAAGAACUCUCGCGAAAAGUUUGGGUAG